GUGCCUCGGCGCGGGUACGGGAGGCGGCGGCAGCUCCGAUUCCCGGAGCGACCCUAGGCGUCGGUCCACGGAGCCCAGGCCCGGGGCCGCGCCUCGCCUGCCCGUGGUGGGUCCCGAUCAGACCCCGUCCACGCGCGCCCGGGAGCCGCCACCCCUGGCCCCGCGCGACCCCCUGGCGCCUGCGGUGCUCCGGAGGCCCUGCCAUGGCGCCCUUCCUGCGUAUCUCCUUCAAUUCCUACGAGCUGGGCACCCUGGAGGGCGAAGGUGAGGAGAACCAGCCCUUCUGUGCUGUGAAGAUGAAGGAGGCACUCAGUACAGAGCGCGGGAAGACACUAGUGCAGAAGAAGCCAACCAUGUACCCAGAGUGGAAGUCGUCGUUUGACGCCCAUAUCUACGAGGGCCGCGUCAUCCAGAUCGUGCUCAUGCGGGCGGCUGAAGAGCCCGUGUCUGAGGUGACGGUGGGCGUGUCGGUGCUGGCGGAACGCUGCAAGAAGAACAACGGCAAGGCUGAGUUCUGGCUGGACCUGCAGCCCCAGGCCAAGGUGUUGAUGUCUGUGCAAUAUUUCCUGGAGGACGGGGACUGCAGACCAUCUUUGCGUGGGGAGGACGAAGGCAUGUUGUCGACCAUCAACCGCCGUGGGGCCAUCAAACAGGCCAAAAUCCACUACAUCAAGAACCAUGAGUUCAUCGCCACCUUCUUUAAUCAGCCUACCUUCUGUUCUGUGUGCAAGGAGUUCGUCUGGGGUCUCAACAAGCAAGGCUACAAAUGCAGGCAAUGUAACGCUGCCAUCCACAAGAAAUGCAUUGACAAGAUCAUCGGCCGGUGCACCGGCACAGCAGCCAACAGCCGGGAUACCAUAUUCCAGAAAGAACGCUUCAACAUCGACAUGCCGCACCGAUUCAAGGUUCACAACUACAUGAGCCCCACCUUCUGCGACCACUGCGGCAGCCUGCUGUGGGGGAUCGUGAAGCAGGGCAUGAAGUGCGAAGACUGCGGCAUGAACGUGCACCACAAGUGCCAGGGGAAGGUGGCCAACCUCUGUGGCAUCAACCAGAAGCUCUUGGCUGAGGCCUUGAACCAAGUCAGCCAGAAAUCUACCCGGAGACAGGACUCAAUGUCCACGGAGCCUGUGGGGAUCUACCAGAGCUACGAGAAGAAAGGCGUCUCUGGGGAUGAUGCCCCAGGUGAAGCUGGGGCCCCUACCCCUGCUGAUUCUUCUGUCCCCCACAAGAGCUCAGAACAGGGCCCAUCCUCUCUCCCACUGCCCAACAACAGCGGGACUUAUGGCAAGAUCUGGGAAGACAGCCGCGCUUGCCACUUGGACAACUUCACCUUCCACAAGGUCCUGGGAAAGGGCAGCUUUGGGAAGGUGAUGCUUGCGGAACUCAAGGGCAAAGGCAAGUUCUUUGCCGUCAAAGUCCUCAAGAAGGAUGUGGUGUUGGUCGACGACGACGUGGAGUGCACCAUGGUGGAGAAGCGGGUGCUGGCGCUCGCCUCUGAGAACCCCUUCCUCGCUCAGCUCUUCUGCACCUUCCAGACCAAGGAACACCUGUUCUUUGUGAUGGAAUUCCUCAACGGGGGAGAUCUGAUGUACCACAUCCAGGAUAAAGGGCGCUUCGAGCUGUACCGGGCCAUGUUCUACGCAGCUGAGAUCAUCUGCGGACUGCAGUUCCUACACAAAAAAGGCAUCAUCUACAGAGACCUCAAGCUGGACAAUGUGCUACUGGACCGAGAGGGCCACGUCAAGAUCGCCGAUUUUGGGAUGUGCAAGGAGAACAUGUUUGGGGAGAACCGGGCCAGCACCUUCUGCGGCACGCCUGACUACAUUGCCCCCGAGAUCCUACAGGGCCUAAAGUACACGUUCUCAGUAGACUGGUGGUCCUUUGGGGUCCUGCUCUAUGAGAUGCUCAUUGGCCAGUCCCCUUUCCACGGGGAUGAUGAGGACGAGCUCUUCGAGUCUAUCCGUGUGGAUACUCCGCACUAUCCCCGCUGGAUCACCAAAGAGUCCAGAGACAUCUUGGAGAAGCUGUUUGAGAGGGACCCACUCAAGAGACUGGGAAUGACAGGAAACAUCAGAGCCCAUCCCUUCUUCAAGACCAUCAACUGGAUCCUGCUGGAGAAGCGGAAGGUUGAGCCCCCCUUCAAGCCCAAAGUGAAAAACCGGGGCGACUUCAGCAACUUUGACCAGGAGUUCCUGAACGAAAAGGCCCGCCUUUCCUUCAGUGACAAGACUCUCAUUGACUCCAUGGACCAGUCGCCAUUUGCCGGCUUCUCCUUCGUGAACCCCAGAUUGCAGCACCUCCUGGCAUAGUGAGACUCUCAGACACACUUGUCCUCCCCACCUGAGGGACUGCUCCCUAGCCCCCAGCCCCACACAGGCUGACCGGACCUUCCCCUCCGUGCCUGUGUACCUGCCAGUUCCCCACCAUGCUUACCCUGCCCCCUGAGGGCCCUGGCUCCUGGCUGGCGGGGCUGUCAUGGUACUUCUGUGAACUUGUGUGAAUUUGCUUUUCCUCUACACUCAGAGGGAAAUUGUAAAUCCUGUGUUUCAUGACUUGAAUGCAGUUAUCUAUUGAAAAUAUAUGUUAUAUAUAUAUACUUAUAUAGAUGAUAGGCUGUAUAUAUUGCUCAGUGGAGAAAAGCGUGGGGGCUGCUAACGUGUUGAUCUUUUGAAGUAGAUAUGUAUGUGUGUGUAUAUAUAUAUAUAUAUGUGUGUGUGUGUGUGUGUGUGUGUAUGUACACAUGUGAUCGCAAAAGACCAGGAAAGGAGCUGCCGCGGGACGGACCCCCGGGUUCUCCGUUCUGCCCAUCUGAAUAAACAAUGCAUGGUACUGA